AUGAAGGACCAGCACACAGAUGUGCGGGGUUGGGUGGCCUACCACCGCGCCAUCGGCGUGGGCAAGUUCUACCUGGUGGACACGGGGUCCGGCGAGAGCAUGCAGAGUGUGCUCCAGGACCACAUCGACUCGGGGUUAGUGGACUUCGAGUAUGACUCGGGCAUCCUGCCCACCAGGGGCACCCAUGGCCCUCAGCUCGGCGUUUACCAGCAGUGCAUCGCCAAGGCCAGCAAGAGGAAUGAGAGGUGGAUGGCGCUGAUCGACCUGGACGAAUUCCUGGUGAUCAGGGACGCCACGCCUGACCUCCCCACCCUCCUCCACGACUACGAGUCGGCUGGGGCGCUGGUGGUCAACUGGGUGGUGUUUGGCAGCUCCGGGCAGACGGUGCGCUCCCCGCUGGAGCCCCUGGCCUCCUUCUGGAUGUGCGCCCCGGACCAGCACAGCGAGAAUCUGCACGUCAAGUCCAUUGUGCAGCCGGCGCGCGUGGCGGGGGUGACCACCGAUCCCCACCACCUCAAGUACGUGGAGCCGUACUUUGCCGUCAACACGACGCACGACCGCGUGGACGGCCCGAAGUCGGAGCGCCAGGCCUCGGACAGGCUGGCGCUGUACCACUACGCGCUGAAGAGCGAGGAGGAGUAUCAGGCCAAGAUGAAGAGAGGGUCGGGCAUGGGCAACCAGAAGACCAUGGCCUUCUUCCACUACGUCAACAACUACACCGCGGCAGUGUGCCUUGACGGCAUUGACAAGGGGAGGUACCUGGCCAGCUUUGUCAGCUGA